CGUAUCCUUUCGUUAUACCAUACAGUAAAGAUGCGUUCCGCCCGAAUUUUAGCGUCUACCCGUUGCCUUGUCUCAAGUCUGCAUGCUCAACAGCAAGUAUGCGCGGGAGCGUGUGCUGCAAAGGACUUGCAGUUAUCAGAACCCUCUUGUUCCCCACGUUGUGGAAUAAAUGCUCGGUCCGAAGCAGUAUCGCUUCGGCAGUUGCGAAGCGUCCAGGGGUUUGCACGCAUUGCUGAGACAGAGGAGGGCAUGACAAAAGUCAGCGGGUACUAUGCUGGGGGCUUCUACCUCAACAACGUGCAGGUCCCCGGCUCCGUCAUCCUGAGCCACGACCUCUACAUGAUGUGGCGCCCACGUCGCAUCUCCGAAGUCACCCCCGACAGCCUCGUCUUCCUGGAGCUGCUCAAGCCCGCGCCCGAGGUGCUGGUGCUGGGCACCGGCGCCACAUCGCAGCCGCUGCCGGGCCCGCUGCGGGAAUACCUGGCCCGCCUGGGCGUGCGGGUGGAGCUGCUGGACUCGCGCAACGCCUCCGGCUACUUCAAUGUGCUGAACGACGAGGGGCGCGCGGUGGUGGGCGCGCUGCUGGUGUGCGACCCCGAGGCGCGCAUGCCGGAGAACCUGCCGGAGGCGAAUGAGCCGCUGUGGGACCGGCCCGGGCUGAUGCAGCGCAGCGGGUCGAUAUGAGGG